AUGGAGGGCACCAACACCCCUGUCACUAAAUCUGCAGCUGCCAAGUUAGUUAAGAGAAAUUUCCUUGAGGCUCUAAAGUCAAAUGACUUCGGAAAAUUGAAGGCCAUUUUAAUCCAAAGGCAAAUAGAUGUGGACACAGUUUUUGAAGUUGAAGAUGAGAAUAUGGUUUUGGCAUCUUAUAAACAAGGUUAUUGGCUGCCUAGUUAUAAAUUAAAGUCUUCCUGGGCAACAGGCCUGCAUCUCUCUGUCUUGUUUGGUCAUGUGGAGUGUCUUCUGGUGUUACUGGACCACAAUGCUACAAUCAACUGUAGACCCAAUGGGAAAACCCCCCUUCACGUGGCUUGUGAAAUGGCCAACUUGGAUUGUGUUAAAAUCCUCUGUGACCGUGGAGCAAAGCUGAAUUGCUACUCCUUAAGUGGACACACAGCUUUACACUUCUGUACAACUCCUAGCUCCAUUCUCUGUGCCAAGCAAUUGGUUUGGAGAGGGGCCAACGUGAACAUGAAGACGAACAACCAGGAUGAGGAGACGCCCUUGCACACAGCUGCCCACUUCGGCCUCCCUGAGCUGGUGGCCUUCUACGUGGAGCACGGUGCCAUCGUGGACAGUGUGAACGCCCACAUGGAGACCCCGCUGGCUAUCGCCACCUACUGGGCCCUCCGCUUUAAAGAGCAGGAGUACAGCAGGGACCACCACCUCAUCUGCCGCAUGCUGCUGGACUACAAAGCUGAGGUCAAUGCCAGGGAUGACGACUUCAAAUCUCCCCUGCACAAGGCAGCCUGGAACUGUGACCACGUGCUCAUGCACAUGAUGCUGGAGGCUGGUGCGGAAGCCAAUCUCAUGGAUAUCAAUGGCUGUGCUGCCAUUCAGUAUGUGCUGAAGGUCACCUCUGUGCGCCCAGCUGCCCAGCCUGAGAUCUGCUACCAACUGCUGUUGAACCAUGGGGCUGCUCGAAUAUACCCUCCACAGUUCCACAAGGUGAUACAGGCCUGCCAUUCUUGUCCCAAAGCAAUCGAAGUUGUAGUCAAUGCCUAUGAACACAUCAGGUGGAACGUGAAGUGGAAAAGAGCCAUCCCAGAUGAUGACUUGGAGAGAUACUGGGAUUUUUACCACUCUCUCUUCACUGUGUGCAGUAACUCUCCGAGGACUCUGAUGCAUUUAUCGAGAUGCGCCAUUCGAAGAACGUUGCACAACAGAUGUCACAGAGCAAUUCCUUUGCUUUCCCUCCCAUUGUCAUUGAAAAAGUACUUGCUUUUAGAGCCAGAGGGAAUCAUUUAUUAAGCCUUAUGAGACAGAAGUUCCCAAUCCUAGAUGUUUAAGUGGACUCACCGGGUAGACACAGUUUGCAUAAAUAAAACGGUACUUGGGUUGAUUAUAACACUUCAGGGAUUUCAAAACACUUCACAAACUCCAUGUCAUUAAUCCUAGGGUAUCAUGGUGAGGGGAAAUAAACAAGAAGUAAAGUUAAGGAAUUCUCAAAGACAAGAAUGGAUCCAGAAGGUACCGACAGCAGUGAUAACUAGUGUGUAUAGUGUUUUUACUUGGUGCCUGAUACAUUUUUGUAAAACUUUUCAUAUAUCAUCUCAAUUGAAAUGGGACCCAGGUUUUCUUACAACCAAUCUCGUUCUCUCCCUUGUCAGUAAUAAGUUUACAUUACUGUCGAGUUAGCAAAAUCAUAGGCUUUUGUGACUGGCCUCUUAAUCUCGGUGUCUUCCCCCACCCUCCCUCCUGCCACCAUAACCACUUAGCAGAGAGUACUGUCACUAGUUUUGCAAACUCCGAUCCCCACUCUAAGCUCUUUAACUUAUUUCUUGGUGAAGAGAGCACAUGAGCAUAGUCAAGGAGAUUUUGAGUUAAAUUUGAAACGAAAAGCAAAAUCUACCUAAUAGUCAAAAAAAGGACAUUUCAACCCAUGCUUAUUGAGCCAGAGACUGGAGAAACAAAGAUGAGUGUAAGGUGAGGACUCCUGCCCUCCAGAAUCUCACCGCUUAGUAGAGCAUCCGGACAUACGAGCAGAGAACUGCAGUGUCAAAUGUCAGGGGCAAGAGUACAGGUGCAGACUCAUUUUUAGCGCUUGUCUUUCAAAGUCGUGUUUCCGACCCGAAGUGUGGUUUUCCUUUGAAGCAUGAAUAUUAAGAGUGAAGGGACUGUGUGACGUAAAGGGAGCUCCUGCUGCUGUUAGUGUAAAUGUAUUCACUUUCAGUUUCUCCCAACAUCUAGAAACUUUUUUUUUAUUUUAGUAGGACUUCCUAUUCAGUGCUCCCCUCGGGAAAAAUAUUGCACACUCAGUGGCUUCCCUGUAUGCCACAAGAAAGUUUAGUAAAAGAUGUACCAGAAAGUGUGUGAAGGGAAGAACUUAAGUUGGUUACUUGGCCUCAUUGUGUACUACCCUGACAUUUCAGAGCAUCUUAGCUGGAAGAUGAGAAACCCUUUGCUAGCAAUGGCUGGCUACAGAAAGCAAAUCGAGAGACUUUUUGAAAACGGUAAAAGUUUGAAAGACUUGGAAAGAGAAGUGUGCCAAUCAGGCUUGUUAGUUAGUGGUUUGCAGAAAGUGAAAUAUAGUUAUUAACCUCUGGACCUCAGGGUUUGUGAGGCCAAGUUCGCUUCACUUUUUUGUUCUUGCUAAUCACUUUCAGAAAAGACCAUUGCCUCUUAGCACCAUUUUUUUAGAGGUUAGAGCAGAAGUAAUUAAGCACAAACAAAUCCAUUUGCCAGUUGUGGGCAGGUUUCUUUUAUUUGUGUGGUUCUUCAUCUUAUUUAACUUUAGAUGCUUGAGUUUUGAGUAGAGAUGAUGUCACAUAUUCCGUGAGCCCACCACCUAGACUGUGCUUGUAGACUGGGAUUUUCAUACGCCCUGAGCUCUGUAGGAAAAAUCAUGAGUAGGUGCAAUAACCUUUCUGGUUUUCUUCAGUUUUACUCAAAUAUUUUGAGAGGACUGUUCUGGACUAAAAUAAGAUCUAUACAUUGUGGAAUAGGUUGCUGAAUUUGUAUAAACUAGUCAUGUGAAACAUGGUCCUUCAAAAAAUGGUUUGCUUGCAGCAAGAGGUGCUGGGGGGAGACACAUGUUGCCCUCACCUUCAGGAAUAUUCUGGCCAAAACAUUUGUGAUGCACUGUCUUUGUCAAUAAAACUUAAUGCUGAGGGCAAGGGGAGAGGAUAUUCCUUGCAUUAGAAAACAUUUCUCAAUCUGCUUGCUUGUACUUAAACAUUUUAUGUUAAUUAGCACAUAAUACAAGCCUACUUGUUUUGAAUUGUUUACUUGUACAUUUAAAAGUUAUUUCUCCUCAUCUCUGAACUUUUAUUUAGAGGACUUAAAUAAAGCCCUCGUUUCCUUUCA